GGUUGUCCAUCAAUGGAACAUUACAUAUGUUCGCAGAAACUGUGGGAGUUCAUUGAAUCAUUCCAAUCUCAGGUUCAUAAUCUCAAUGACGUCUCAAUGCGUUAUGAAUCUCAAGCAUGUAAAUGGUUCAAGUUCAAUAAGAUGUCUGGAAUUUUUACAUUGGAUUUACAAAUUCCUGAGUUCUUCAUGCAACCCAGUCGCCAAUUAAUAAUUCCUGGUAGUGAAGUGCCAUCGUGGUUUCAUAAUCAAGAAUACUUUUGUGAGAAAGAAUUCCCUGAUCAAAAUGUGUCAUUCAUAGUAAGCAUACCUGAUCAUUGUCGAAGAAGUGAAUGGUGGGGCAUAGCCACAUGCUUAGUGAUAGAAAACGAUUUGGCAUACGGCGACGACAUUGAUACCGUUUGGUGGACUUGCAGAUUUCCGAAUGAUGAAUUUCCAAAUGCGAUUGGCUCCUGUUGCAUUGUGUUACAAUCAAAAUGGAGUCAUCAACUCUGUAUUAUAUAUAUUCGUUGUUCCUCUUUAGUUGUGAACAAACUUCAAAUGGUAUUUUCUACUGGAGGUCCAUUUGAAGAUGAUGAGCCGCCAAUGUGUGAAGUAAGGAAGUGUGGAUGGCGUGUAGUGUGUGUAAAGAAGAUGUUGAAACAUGGAAUGAGUCUUGUAGUAGCAUCAAUGAUGGAAUCAUAGUUAGCCCAAAACGCCAAGCUACCUAACAAAGCGCAUAAAAUAAGAACAAAUGCUUCAAGGUCCAGGCGAAGGAUCCAGUGGUGGACGGGGAAAGGAGCAAAGCUAGGGGUUUGCUUGUGAUUUGAGGGGAGAAAGGUCCGUACGCUUAUGGCCGUACACCUUUCAGUUCUAAUAUGGCUCGAAGGGGAAGGGGUAGAUCGAGGAAUAAGGAACGACCACCACCUCUACCUCCUCCGCCUCCGCCUCCUCCUCCACCACCAUCACAGGGGACGGAUGCAGUCAUGGCUAGGCUGCUUGAAGUUAUGGUGGAUAUACAGCAAUAUCUUAGAAGUCAUACUGUUCCAGAUCAGCAUGUUGACCUAAGUGCUGGGCAGGGAUCUUCUAGUACUAUGGGAGCUCAUGCACUAGUUACUAAUAAUCGAGAGGAUGACAUAUCCGAACCUUGUAAGCUUCCCUCCCCAUGGUAAGAGCUGCAUGAAAUUUAUGUUCUGUUAAGAAUUCUAGAUUGUUAUAGAAAGAAAUCAAAGAACUGUUAAGUU